ACCAUCUAGCUCAGAGAACAAAACCCCAUUUUACAAAAUGAACGUGGAAUAUACUCGUUAAAUGUCGAAUAGAAGUGUUUCCUGACAGCAGAGUAGAUAAACAUUCACAUGAACAUGAAUGUGUAUUGGAUAAGAGCCAUGAAGUUAUUAUAGUAAUAAACAUAAAUCACUUAUGAUUAAUAAAACUAUACACUUAAUUGUCACAUGAAUGUCAUAUUUUCUAUCAUAUAUUAAGCAUAAACAUAUGAAAGAAUAAUCUGCUUACUAAAUCAUCAAAAUAACAAUAUGAAAUUAUUUACUACAGAUUGUUUAGUUGUAUUCUGUGUGAUCCAUCUAAUUGUUACAGAUCCUAUUUAUGCCGGUACCAAUACUGGAGGAGGUCAAACUAGAUUACCAUGGAAUUAUCCAUGGGUGUUUUAUCUCAGAUGUAAUAUUAGUCAUGAAAAGUUCAGAUGUUGCGAUGACGGUGCUAAUCUUUGUGUUGGUUACAAUGGGAAAGAUUUCAUAAGCUCAUUCUAUACAGGAAAUGAAGGAACCUAUUACGCUCCCAACAUUCGGACUAUUGUUGGCCUAAUCAAUUCGACCUGUAACACAUUUAAGAAAUAUCCAAAAACUAAAAACUCACAUUGA